GGUCCGUUGCAAUCCGUGUCUGGUUCGCAAGUGCCGAAGUUGAAGGUUAUCACCGAUGUACAUCCCUGCGUAGGGUGCUGAAUUGUUCCUUUACAAGUAAUUAGAAAAAGAACGAGGUGUAAUUAACGGCAAACAUGGCUCCGAAAGCAGAAAUAAUACCACAGGAAAAAUUGGAAGUUCCUCCAAGGGGUAUUAACGCCGUGUUGUUGGGUCCUCCCGGUAGUGGGAAAGGCACUCAAGCACCGCUUCUUAAGGAUAGGUACUGCGUGUGUCAUCUUUCAACGGGUGACAUGUUGAGAACGGAGGUCAGUUCUGGAUCUGCACUUGGAUUGGAAUUGAAGAAAAUUAUGGACGAAGGCAAAUUGGUCGGUGACGAUCUUGUGGUCAACAUGAUAAACAAAAGUUUAGACAAACCUGAAUGCAAUCGUGGAUUUUUGCUCGAUGGUUUCCCAAGGAACGUGUCUCAGGCUGAGAAAUUAGAUAGCAUGCUGAAGAAAAGAAAUUCGAAACUUGAUGCCGUGAUAGAAUUCGGAAUCGAUGAUAAAUUAUUAAUAAAACGAAUCACUGGGCGACUGAUCCACCCUUCUAGUGGAAGAUCUUACCAUGAAGAGUUCGCACCCCCAAAGGUUCAAAUGAAAGAUGAUGUUACCGGGGAGCCACUUAUCAAAAGAUCUGACGAUAACGAAGACGCUUUGAAGAAACGAUUGGUUACAUAUCAUAAACAGACUCAACCUCUGAUCGAUUAUUAUACUUUGCAAGGCGUUCAUUUUUACGUUGAUGCAGCUAAGUCUAGCGAAGAAGUAUUUAAGAAUAUUGAUUCCAUUUUCUUAUCUACUAUGAAGAAAAAGGAAAAAAAGAAUUUCUUUAGUAGAUUCUUCUGAAGUUUUAAUAAUAGGAGAAAAUAAUAUUUUCUGGAUGUCGUCAAGUUUAAAGAGAGACUAGUUGUUCUCGUCCCAGGUCUUAAGGGGAUGUGAAAAUGGCAUCCGAAGAGUCAAUCGUUCAUGAAACUUUUCUCCAAACGGGGUGUGCCAAAUUGUUUCAAACUUUACAACGUGAAUGCAGAGGAUAUAAGAAAGGUUCUGAUACCCAUGAAAUUUGAGUUUUUAUAACAAAUUUUUAAAGUAUCUGUGCUCAAAUUAAAAAAUUUAAAAUUUCAUGAGUUCAGGACCUUC